AUGUCGGAGGGACACCAGCGUGCAAUGCAACUCUUCAUUCAACGCCCUGGAAAGUUUAUGGACGAAUUCUCUCGGGAAUUCGAGGAGGAGUUCAUGAAACUGAUGCGCACAAGGUACUGCCGCACUCGGGUUUUGGCAAAUUCCGUCUACAACAACGUGGUUUGCGAUCGUCACCACAUCCACAUGAACUCCACCAUCUGGGUUACCUUGUCUGAGUUUGUGCAGUACUUGGGAGCGACUAACAAAUGCAAAAUUGAGCACACGCCGAAGGGGUGGUAUGUGGAAUAUAUAGACCACGAAGAACUGAAGAAAAAGGAGGAGGAAGCGAAGAGGAGAAAAAUAGAAAAAUCGCAGGAAGACGCCCGCAUGGAACAGAUUCAGGCAAUGGUUGAGGAGGCUAAGCGGAAAGGAGCCUUUAAGAAACCGGAAUAUACAGAAAUGCAACGAGAAGAAGGACAGACCAUCACCGUCAGCUUAAGCAAACCGCAGAAACAGCCUGAAGAACGGAAAGUCAAUGCCUUGCAGCAGCUGCAGGAACAGCUGAAGCAGGAGCGUCUGUCCAAGAGUGGCAGCCAACAAGAAAAGCGCAAGCUUUCGGCCAUGGAGGCGAUAGUGCUUGAAGCGGAACGGCGCAGGCAGAAAGAUGCAGCGUUCGAAAGGAGUCCGUUUUCUGAGAACAAUGGCGCUUCAGCACGAGAUAGGGGAGAUAGGAGUGAGCGAGAAGAAACAGACGAGGGCACCACUACAUCCGAGCCGCGGCCUCCGCCGCACAAAUAUGCAAAUGCAGACUGGUGGCUGCAGCCGGGCCUAAUAGUCAAAGUGAUGCACAAGACUUUGGGGGACGGCAAGUACUACAAGCAGAAAGGGUUGGUCAAGUCUGUGGAUGGCAGGCAUUCCGCUGUUCUGGAGUUGCUAGAAGGUGGCGCCAUUUUAAAGCUUGACCAAGACUACCUCGAAACUGUAAUACCUCCUAUAGGAGGCCGCCUUGCUGUUGUUCUUGGCGAAUGGCGCGGCCAUCAAGGAAGGCUUGAGGGGCUGGAUGUGGAUUCAUACUCAGUGCAAGUGACUUUGGACUCGGGGCCACUUUUCAAACAGGGCAAGCAUAAAGGUGGUCAAGGGGUCCUGGUGAAAGGUCUACCUUACGAACAUGUCUGCAAGCUGGAUAAACAGAAAUAA